AUUAACGGUGAAGGUAAUAUAAACUUAUAUUCAUCGUAUUUUUCGAAAUUUCUCGGAAUUUGCAUCUACAUCUCCUUAUCGUUGAGUAUUAAGCUGUUGGUAUUAAGCUGAUAAUUGGUAAAUUGCUUACGUCAUACAAUCUAGUUAAAAUACAGAAGUCCAAUCUCCGGUGUCAUCAUCAUUAUUUGGAUUAUUCGGAAUAACGUUAUUAUUUGAACGAGAGACUAUGGUAUGCGCUUGGUAUAUGGACAGCAGCGAUGCUGAUCAAAAAUUGGAACACCACAGGCAACCGCCAGAAUAUGUUUCGCUGGAUAACCUGUUCGCCACAACGGGCGUGGAAUAUUUUGAGAUAAAUCAUCUAAAUUACGAGGUAGAUACUAUUCUGAAAGAACUACGCCAGAAACGUGGUUACACAUAUGAAGAUGAAUCAACAUGUUCCAAAAAAUGCUUAGAAAAUUACGAAGAGAAGUUAAAAAUCUUCUUCACCGAACAUCUUCAUUCUGACGAGGAGAUACGACUGAUUCUGGAUGGUUCAGGCUAUUUCGACGUGCGGGAUAAGGAUGAUCAAUGGAUCCGGAUUAAAGUAAUGGCCGGCGAUCUAAUAAUCAUACCCAGUGGAAUUUAUCAUCGUUUCACUCUGGACACUAACAAUUAUAUAAGAGCAAAGAGAUAUUUCGUGGGAGAGCCAGUUUGGUUGCCAUAUAAUAGACCAGCCGAGAACAUGGAAUGCCGCAAGCAGUACCUCAAUAAUUUGCAAAAAGGUUUCCAAGUAUCUUUACCUUGAUAAUCCCAUAGAAUAUGUUACACGUGAGUUUCUAUGAGAAAGUAUAUUUUUUAUAUCUAUCUAGCCGUGGGAUCAUGGGAUCUAUAAUUAAAUGCCAAUUUCGAAUUAAUCUACAGCUCUGAUAAGAUCUUUUCGGUCUUCUGAGAGGUGGCGAUUAGAUAAAAAUCUAAUAUUUCUGAUUGGAUUAAAAUUUUUCGAAAGCAGAUAACAUUAAAUAUAUGUAUAUACAUAAGUAAUGUUAUACAAUCAUGAUAAUCUAAUGAAUAAAUGUAAAACAGCAGCUGUACGCACAA